AUGGUGAAUGUUGUCCUUGGACGCUUCAUUUCGAUUCUGAACGAUGCCAACAUCUCUGGCUCGACAAGCGACGAGUUUAUGCCAGCUGUUCAAACUACCGCUCUUUACUUUGUCUAUAUUGGCAUUGUGCGAUUUGUCGGGACAUACAUGUAUUCUUCCUUAUUCACCUACGUCUCUUACCAGCUGACUCGAAAUAUCCGUUACGAAUAUCUGAAAGCUGCCUUCAGCCAGGAAACUGGCUACUUUGACAAAGGCGUCUCCGGAUCCAUCGCCGCACAAGCGACAUCAAAUGGGAAGCUCAUCCAAUCCGGUACCUCUGAAAAGCUGGGCAUUGUCAUUCAGUCAAUAAGCACAUUCGUCGCAGCCUUCAUCAUCGCAUUCAUCAGCCAGUGGAAGUUGACUCUGAUUAUCAUCUGCAUUGUCCCACUUACCGUCGCACUCUCUGUUGUUUUAUCUAUUCCGGACGCCAAAAUAGAGACAGAUAUUUUGAAAAUCUAUGCGAAUGCGGGAAGCUUGGCUGAGAGCGUCCUGGGUGGCAUCCGAACGGUCCAUGCGUUUAACCUUCGACCGAGGAUCAUAUUCAAGUAUGACGCCUACCUCCAAGAAGCAUAUAAAGUUGGCAUGAAGAAGAAUAUCUUGUAUGGCUUCAUGUUUGGGGGAGAGUAUUUUGUUAUAUACGCUGGCAUGGGCCUUGCGUUUUGGCAGGGCGUUGGCAUGAUCGCUAGGAACGAGGUUCCUAAUAUCGGGACCGUUUUCACGGUCUUGUUUUCUGUCACCAUCGCAUCCAGUACACUGUCUUCGAUAGCUCCCCACACGGUGAAUUUCACGCGCGCUGGCGCCGCUGCGGCAGAGUUAUUCGAAGUUAUUGACCGGCAGUCAGAGAUCAAUCCCUUUAAUGAGCACGGGGCGAAACCGAAUAGCAUUGUGGGGCAAAUCGAUUUUGAGGGAAUCAACUUCGCGUAUUCAAGUCGUCCCGACGUCAAUGUCUUACACGACUUCACUCUUAGUGUUCCCGCCGGAAAAGUUACAGCUCUCGUGGGACCGAGUGGUUCAGGAAAGAGUACUAUAAUUGGUCUGUUAGAGCGGUGGUAUAAUCCAACAAGCGGCUCUAUAAAGCUGGACGAGGAAGAUACCAAAAAAUUCAAUUUGAGGUGGCUCCGAACCAACAUCCGUCUCGUCCAACAGGAACCUGUCCUAUUCAAUGGCAGUGUUUUUGACAAUAUAGUUUACGGCUUGGCCGGGACUCGCUGGCAAGAUGCCCCCCGCCAGGAGCAAAUGGAUCGAGUGCAACACGCAGCAAAACUGGCCUUUGCCCAUGAGUUUAUCGAAAACUUACCGGAAGGCUAUGAUACUCGCAUUGGCGAGAGAGGCGGCCUUCUCUCAGGAGGCCAGAAACAGAGGAUCGCAAUCGCUCGUAGCAUCAUCUCCGAGCCGAAAAUCUUGCUUCUUGAUGAGGCCACCAGCGCCCUAGAUCCUCACGCAGAAGGGAUUGUACAAAAGGCAUUGGACAGUGCAUCGAAGAAUCGGACCACAAUCGUCAUUGCACACAAGCUAGCGACGAUUCGAAACGCCGACAACAUCGUCGUACUGUCUCAAGGAAGAUUGAUGGAGCAAGGCUCUCAUGAGAAACUGGUUGAUAUGGGUGGACUUUAUGCCAAACUGGUCGAGGCACAAGACCUAUCCCCUGUGGAGUCGACGAAGGUAGAGACAAUUGUUGGUGACCAAGAAUCUUCGUCCGGCGGAGACAUUGGUCCGAUGAACAAAUCUGAAUUUCAAGUUGAUGUCACUGAAGAUGGGCAAUUGGCAGUCACUGAUGAUCAGGGGAGCAUGGAACAUUAUAAGAAGACGGGCCUGAUCAGAAGCGUUUUCAAGAUUGUGGCAGCGACGCCCGAGUUGAAUAUCUGGUAUAUAUUACUGGUAUUGACUUGUGUCGCAGUUGCUGCCGUUUACCCAGGACAAGCAUUGCUCCUAGGGAAAAUCAUGGACGUUUUCAAGGGAGAUGAUAUGGUAUCCAAGGGUAAUUUUGUCUCUUUAAUGUUCUUCGUCAUCUCGAUUGGAAGUUUCGCAGCUUAUUUUACUCUUGGCUGGGCGACCAAUAUCAUUUGCCAGGGCCUGAAUGCGAAGAUGAGAAAAGACAUUCUCGACUCCAUUCUGCAGCAAGAUCUUCAAUUCUUCGACCGCCCGGAAAACACAGUUGGCGCGAUCAUCAGUUACCUCGACUUAUAUCCCCAGGCCAUUUUAGAGCUCAUGGGCCUCAAUGUUGCGCUGAUAAUCAUAGCCGGGGUCAACGUAUUAGCAUCCAGCGUUCUUGCAUUGGUAGUAUCGUGGAAACUUGGCCUUGUUGGCGUGUUUGUCGGACUGCCGCCAAUGAUGGUGGCAGGAUAUUCUCGAGUCCAACUAGACUACAAGAUCGAAUCGGAGACGGAGCAGAGAUUUGCUGCAAGUGCAUCUGUGGCAUCUGAAACAGUAACCGCAAUUCGUACGGUGUCUUCCCUGGCUAUCGAGGAUAUAAUUUUGAAGAAGUAUACAAAUGAGCUUGAUUUGGCGAUCGAGCAGAUGUCUCCGUCAAUGUUUCAUAUGAUGGCCUGGUUUGCUCUUACACAAGCUAUCGAGUACUUUAUCCUGGCUCUUGGAUUUUGGUGGGGAUCUCGCCUAAUACAUGACGGCGAGAUUGACUUCUAUCAGUUCAUGGUAUCUUUUAUGGGCGUUUAUUUCUCUGGACAGGCAGCAGGACAAAUGUUCAGUUUCGCCAGCAGUUUUUCCGGGGCUAAUCAGGCCGCCAACUACUAUUUUUGGCUCUGUCAACUGAGGCCUACUAUCCAUCAGACUGAGGAAAAUAAAGACAAGGGCCCCCCAUCUGGUUGCAAGUCCUGCGAGUUCAAGGAUGUUGGGUUUUCGUACCCGCUCGCCCCGAAUAACCAAGUUCUUAAAGGAGUGUCGUUGAGCGCUGAUCGGGGACAAUUUCUCGCUUUCGUGGGAGCAUCUGGGUGUGGUAAAAGCACAAUGAUAUAUCUCCUUGAGCGUUUCUAUGACCCUACAAGCGGAAGCAUCAAUUUCGAUGGGUCGGCACCUCUUCCAUCCCUCGAUCCGUUAUUUUAUCGACGUCAUGUCUCACUGGUGCAGCAAGAACCAACGCUAUUUCCUGGAACGAUUCGUGAAAAUAUUUCACAGGGAGUCGAUAUAGAUAUCACUGGUGCAGUUUCUGACCAAGAUAUUGAGCAAGCAUGCCGUGCCGCGAACGUGUGGGAUUUUGUCUCAUCGUUACCGGAUGGCCUAAAUACUCAGUGCGGAACAAGUGGCAGCCAGCUUUCUGGAGGACAAAGACAGAGGAUUGCCAUCGCGAGGGCGUUGAUACGAAAGCCGAAGGUGAUCCUGCUUGACGAAGCCACCAGUGCGCUGGACACUGAGUCCGAGAGAGUCGUCCAGAAUGCCCUCAUGGAUGCUGCUGCUACUGGAGACCGGAUCACAAUUGCUGUCGCGCACAGACUGUCUACCGUGAAAGAUGCUGACCGAAUCUUUGUCUUUCAUGGUGGGAAAAUUGCUGAAUCGGGAACGCAUAGACAGCUAUUAGAAAACGGGGGUCUGUACGCCAAGAUGUGCGAGGCACAGAGACUUGACCGUAGUGUGUAG